ACUCGUACUCCGUUACGGCUACGAAACUGUAGCGCAGGUCAUGUGCGAUAAGAAAUAAGUCCGUGAUUAAGAGCGAUGGAAGUGAUAAGACGUUAUCAUUUCCAAGCGGAAAAAUUACGGUAUUUUAUUCGUAGCUAUGUGCACUUGUGAAGCAGGCCCGUAUAGAGUUGUCCAAAGAACGAAAUCAUGGAAUUUCUGUUGGGUGGAGUUGCAGCAGUAGGCGCAGGUUUCUGCACAAAUCCUUUAGAUGUCAUUAAAACGAGACUACAAUUGCAAGGUGAAUUACAAGCUCGAGGAAUGUAUACCGUUCAUUACAAGGGUUUUUUUCACGCGUUUUAUGCAGUUGCGAAAGCAGAUGGAGUUUUAGCACUGCAGAAAGGACUUGUACCAGCAUUGUGGUAUCAGCUGUGUCUGAAUGGCGUGAGGUUAGGAACCUACGACUUCGCAGAAAAAAGAGGAUGGACGACUAACAGUGCAGGCCAGACAUCUACACCGAAGUGCAUCGUUGUUGGAGCAUUGGCCGGAUGCGCGGGUACCUUGACUGGAAGCCCGUUUUAUUUGGUGAAAACACAUCUACAGUCACAGGCUGCAGACAGCAUUGCUGUUGGCUACCAGCAUGCACAUACGGGAUGCACUAGUGCAUUAUGGAAAAUCUAUCAAGAACAUGGUAUUCUGGGACUCUGGCGGGGAGCAUUUGGAGCUAUGCCUCGGGCAAGCAUUGGUUCUGCCUCUCAGCUUCUGUCGUUCUCCCUCUGCAAAGACUAUGUUGGAAAAUAUGAGACUUUUGCCAAGAGGCCUUUACUGAACACUUUUGUGUCCAGUAUGGUGGGUGGAAUUGUUGUAACUUUGUGUAUGACACCGUUUGAUGUCGUCAUGACUCGCUUAUAUAAUCAAGGUACUGAUGUGCAGGGACGAGGGUUGCUGUACCAGGGUGUAGUGGACUGCUUCAUAAAGAUGUGGAAGACAGAAGGAAUCCAUGGAUUUUUCAAGGGGUUCAUUCCAAACUAUAUACGUCUUGGACCACAUACUGUUCUUUGUUUUGUAUUUUGGGAUUCACUUAGAGAACUUCGAAGUAAAUUCAUGAGUAGGCAGCAUAUGGAAGAUGGAAAUGUGGAAACUGUACAGACAUAAUAACUAGCUCGUUGCCUUCUGAUUGCCAUGUAUUUAAUGCUUUAAUGCUAGAGACAUAAAGAUAGGAAACAUAUGUUUUGAAAAGGUGGCACAGUUCAGGCAUUUGAGAACAACAGUAACAGAUCGAGACCUUAUUUUGGAAGAAAUUAAGAGGCAAUUGAACUCGGGUAAUACUUGCUACCAUUCAGUCCAGAACCUUUUGUCUUC